AGAACUAGUCAGAACAUGGUAGUGGGCGUUCUGUCGUUCUGUGACCGGUAGACAGUGUAUGUGCCAGCUUUCUGUGGCACAAGUUGGUCGUAGAUGCUCUGUCAUAGUACCGUUCAAAAGUUUUGAAGUGUAGAGGUAUUAGGAGAAGGAAAGUGUAGGCACAGCUUGAGCGCUUCAUUCAAGGUCACCUAUAUAUAUAAUGCGAGCCGCACUCGAAGAUAAGCCCUGCACGACUCGCGGUGACAGUCGUCAGUCGCGUCAGUGUCAUCACGACAGGAGGACCAUGAUAUCGCCUAUCCGAAUGGAUGUUGCGGCAUCCCGAUUGUACGAGCAAUGAAGGAAGGUGCUGUUUGCGGCAAUCGGAUCUAGGUGUGCCGGAAGCAGAGCCGGCAGCGAUGUCGAGGACGUGUGCUUCCCAGUCAGGCGAGCUACGCGAGUUCGCGAAUGUCCUUAAUGCUGCCGAUGCGGACAGUAUUUACCUAUACUUGCCUAGAAACCUUUCUUCGUGUCACAUGUGCGCUGAGGUUGAAGAGCAGCAUUGGGAACACAAGAUGAAACUCUUAGCAGGUUUUCUUAGACGAGAAUCGUCGGACUCUGGCAAUGACGAUCUGCUGAGCAUGAAGCCAAUUCCCGCCGCGGUGGGCGGUGCGCCGCGCGGCAUUCUUCGCCGGGACAAGCCCAAUAAGAGCCCCGCGUGGCCGGAGCGCCGUCGUCGAGGCCGCCUGGUGACGUUUGCCGACGCGCUGGGUCUGGAGCUAGAGCACGUGCGCCGCCUCGUGCACCGCAUCCGGACGCCGGCCGCUGCUUCGGUGGCGACGCCGCAGCAGCAGCCGAGCGCCGCGUCAGCCGCCACCCUCGAGGCUGCCUUCUCGGUGGCCAGCGGGGACGAGCUCCAUCAACGCAUUCUCCGGGACAAGGUGUGCCUGAGCGCGCUGUCGGUGCGCGAGCUGACGCUGUACGGCACGGUGAGCGUGGCCAACUUGACGUACCACAAGCACGUGUUCGUGCGCUACACGGCCAACGGGUGGCAGUCGCACGUGGACUGGUCGGCUUCGUACGUGCCGGGCUCGCUGGCCGACGGCGUGGACAAGUUCGAGUUCGAGCUCAGCGUGGCCGACGCGCCGCUGCGCUGUGAACUGGCCGUCUGUUUCGAGACCGAAGACGGGCGCCGCUUCUGGGACAACAACGGAGGCGCAAACUACUGCUUCCGACGCUGCGGCGGUCGGCCGGCCGCCGCGCCGCGGGCCGCAGCUGACCACAAGGCGCCGUGCGGAAGCUGGCUCCACUGGCUCUGACGACGAGGGCCUCUCUUUACGUACACCGCCGAAACCGUGCAGGGUUUUUACUGGCUCGCCUGCAUGUGUAUACAUUCACGGACACUUGACGAGUUAGGUUUAACUAAAACGCGUUCUUUCGUUCGUGUUCCUCCAUUGCGUUUAAUGUCAGCGCGAUUUCGGCUUGCACGUUUAUUUUGAGGCCUAAAACAUAUUUGGCAUCUGCAUAAAUUGAGUUCGGAGAUAGUACUUUCGAGUUAUCACUCGCGAAACUUAUUCUAGCUUGUUAACUUCUUGUUCGCGUUUCAUUUGUUCAUAACUGCGUAUUACCAUUCACUGAAUGACCUUAAAUUGAGAUACAUAUGCGUACAAGCUAAAUUCGUCUUUUGUAGAGUUAGGGUAAAAGAAUCGCCGAAAGUCGAGACGAUGGCGGCCCCGUUUACUUCUGCUCGGCGGCCGAUUCCGGAGCAGCGCCAUCAGCCGAAGCGUCCGUUCUCUUCGAAAUCUACGUCAGUUCGUCCUUUUAUAGACUUGUGCUCGCACUACUGGCGCGCUACCACGCUAUAAUCUCGUUCUCCCGAUGGUGAUCUUCAAAUCCUCCAUGAUGAUAGCUGCAGAAAUUUAACGUAGCACGUUCAUACUAACCUAUAUCUAUCUGUACGCGGCAUGGAAUACCAGAGAUGAUUGACGGCGCGGGGAGAGGAGGAGGAAGGGGGGGGGACAACAUCGUUUGUUGCGUCACUGUGGAACAACGCGCUUAAGCGAAGCGCACAGAGCAGGCAUUGCAGUGACCGACAAUGACAUAAAUAUGCCGGCAGUGACACAGCUAUCGCAGAGGAAUUUUAAUGCGCUUUAUGCGCUCGCGAGAGUCGUGCAAUAUAUGAGACGCUUUCUUAACGCAAGAAAUGUAACACACUCGUACUCGGCUAUGCCGCUGUACAUCUACGCUUGUAUGUUUCGGCUAUUCUGACACCUUCUGUUCGUAACUAGGACCGUAGUCAGUAUCAAAUCUGCUAGGACAAAAAGACGCCGGACCAUAAAGAGCGGGCCUUGGGCAAUAGCGCCGAACUUCCAUGCAGCCUGAACUCACAGUUAAAGUUGUGCGAAACGCAGUGUGCCUCACCUUCAGGCUUCGCGCUCAGCUAGGCUGGACGUGAGUCUAUCCGUUUUUUCUUCGUCUUCCAUGUUCAGAAAGCUUUUCGUGAACGGCUGUGCGCACUUAUGGAGAAGAAAUACGCCUUAUAUUCAUAUCGUGUAGUAGACGUACGUUGCUCUGUAUCUGUCCGACACUACAUUUCAAUUUUUUUUUUAUUUUGUAGCCUAUCUGGUUAACAAAAUAAGAGGGUACAUAUAGUGAUGCGCAAUUUAUGUGAGAACAAGUUGGGUGGUUGGUUUAUUAUGGGGUUGAACAUCCCAAAACGACUCAGGUUACGAGAGACGCCGUAUAGUGGAGUUCUCCGGAUGAUUUUGACCACCUGGAGUUCUUUAACGGGCACUGACACCACGCCGUGCACGGGCCUCUAGUAUUUCGCCGAAAGGCGUUGGUAGCCGAUGAUGAUGUGUGUUUUGUGUUAGAGGUAAAGGGGAGGAAUGAGGGAAUGUGGUCUUUUGGCGAUAACUGCGCAGCCGUUAUGUUUACUAAUGCUCCUGCCCCCAUUGCCGGCACUAUAUCUAUUCCUGACACCCUUUCAUACCUGCAAUAUUUUGCGCGCCUAUUGGUUGGUAUAGGCUUGUGUGAAACGCCGACCCCGCCUUUUUGUGCUAGUGCGUGGUAUGUGCUCUUACGGUGCUACGAAACGGAUGCAAAAUUCCGUCUACCAAUUUUCUAGGCCACUUCUGCUUUCACUAUCGGCAAGAUCAAGGGACCACCGGACCCUGAAAAAAAAAAAAAAACACAUGUUAGCCUGAUGUUAUUACUGUCGUUGGUAUAACGUAUUAUGCAACAGUGAAUAUCAUUUAUUACUACGCAUUCGGCGACUUAGCUUCGCAUUUCUGUUAUACUGUAACUGUGAUAGUACGAAGUACGUAAUUACGUAUACCCACAUAAGUAACAAAUUUUCUUGGGCGUGAACAGUAAUAGACUACGAUGGUACAACGGCGUUUGUGGUGUCUUGACUUCUCUCUUGUUUCCUUGUUUGCACGCCCAGUCUUUUAACAUGAAUACGUAUCAGCUAGCUCAGCUCUCUGUUAUUUUAAACGAUGGUAGGUUUUACGAAUUCAGUAUGCAUGCAUAACUACAGCUUUUGCCUACGUUUUCAAAGUCGCUGCGCGAGUUACGCAUGCUAUACCGUCGGGCUUUUUUGAGGAGGUUCUACACUUCCCUGGCUCGGCGGAUCAAAAGUGUAGAUAGCUGUUAUCAACUGUAUUAGACUUUAUAGCACGAAGCCUGUAGCAGUUGGUGUGUAUUAUUCAUUGCCGUAUUUUGUUUACUUAGUCAAGCUUACUUUGCGCCAUAUAGCUUAAUUUUCCGUUCUUGUUGACAUGAAAAUGUUCUACAGGGGUCACGCUAUCCGGCUUCUCGGCACCUCAGGUCACGCGCUUGACGCAGACUAAUGCCGCAGACCGUCUAAUGACGAACUAAUGACGCAGACCGUCUGUGCUCCUGCUCCGUAGGAGUGGUGCCAAUGCACACGUAAGCAAACUUUCUGCGAGACCAUUCCUUAGCGUUUAUAUAGAGCCGGGAUGUUUGUUGUAAUCCGAUGCUAAAGGUCAGUGGACGCAACAUGAUAUGUUGCGUUGCGCCGCGUCUUACGGACGCUGAUGUAUAGAAUUCCGAAUCGAUUUGAAGAUUAUCACUUUAGGCUUAUCCGCCAGCUCGAAUAAAAUGUUGCGCGCACUUUACUACAUUUUCCUAGUAGGUGCAAGAGAUACGUCCUGCAGUUUUUCCUUCACUUUUCCUGUCCCGCUUUCUCGCGAAAUUGUCAGCGUCAAGCGAGACUAUCCUCGCGGACAACUUUUCUUGGCAAUGAAGGGAAAGCUACGGGGGCGGAGCGUCUGCACAGGUACUGCUACGCGAAGUAGUCCGGUUUGGCGCGCGUCUCGUAACGCCGUGGAAAGUGAUGGCUAGCGUUGCAUUUCGACGCAAACGCUGCUUAGCGUCUAAGGUACGGGUAAAAGGCGCGACUUUUUCACGCACGCAAAAACGCAAAGUGACAAUGUAUAAAGUAAAAGAAAUGCACAUAUCUCGCUUGUGAGCGCUGCGUUCCGUCUCAAAAAGCUACACGUAGAAAAUGAAGGAGUAUUUGACAUAUCUCACGCAGAAAAUACGGACGCAAUUGUGGGACUACAUUAAUUAGCGGUAUAGGAUACGUGCAUUGUGGCCAUGUAGCCUUCGCUUCAUUGCCAAGAAAAGUUGUCCGCGAGUAUAGACGUAUUCACGCACGACCACCUUUCUAUCGUUUCAGGCUAUACUCGCCGUCUAUUUACUUACUGCCCUCUUGCAGACCGCAGCCUUCGUGAUAAAUGUCGCCGGCAUGACACGCGCCUGCUAUGUCCUGAUAUGCCUGAAGCUUUGUAAACGGCUGUGUUCUUCAGCCUCUGUGGAGCGUUAAUUGUGUAUACGUAUAGCGCCAAUAGUACACGAGCCUCGCCAAAGGUCGCACGGACAUCUCCUGUUUCGCGCAGUGUGGACGGUAUUAGGUUGCACUUGUGUACUAGCGGCAAACAACGAAUCACAAGGACAAUUUGAAUACGGAAAUGUCAAUGAAGUGUAUACACUUUUAGAGCACUUUAUGCCAAAUUGUACGUGUUACCGUUGCUGAAUAGCCAUCACAUUUGUGGGUGUAUAUUGCAUGGCAUAUUUCGUGUUAGCGCAAUGUGUCAGGGUGUGACAACUUAAUGUUGUUCAGGUGGCGAAUCUAGUCAUGAAAUUUAGUCUUGUUUCUGCUAACGUUGAAUUAACAUGUUGAUGUAUUCUUCCCCUGUUGCACGGACUCCAUAGUAUAACGUUGUACGGUACUUUUAAUUCUGAAAUAACGUGCUUCCAUAGAAUGAAUAAAGUUUUGUUACUGAA